AAUGCACUGCUCACUCAGCUGUCAGAUUCUUAUUUCCGGGUUUGAUCACUUCGAUCCACGUGUGUCCUGAUCCAUAUCCUGUAUAUAGAAGAGUAAAAACAGUUUAUUGUCUAUAGAGUAGAUUAUAAUCUAAAAUCCGAACAUGUCCACAGAAGAUGAGGAGUUCACGGCCUUCGUGUCUCUUCAUGUCGGAGCUCUUCGAUCUUCAGGAAUCCCCGAAAUUUACUGGAAGAGUCUUCAUCACAAAAUCACCAACGAGGUCUGUCAUCUUAUAAAAAUACACUAAUUAAAGAGAAAUUAAGUCUUUAUUUCAGGAUUUAGUGUUAGUUUGUGAUAGACAGUAAGAUUUCAUGAAGAUAAUCAGACUGAUGUUCUCCUCACUCCCAGAUUCUCCUUAAAGAAAGUCGAAAUAUUUUCUUCUUUGUCUUUAUUUCAAAAUUUACGUCGAAUAAAGACGGGAUAAAAAAACAUUCAACAUGCUCAUAUAAGAGGGGAUAAUUCGGCUCACAAUUUCGGCAUUUGUCGGCAGGUUAUUGUUGAUUAUUUACUUUAUUUAUUUCAGGGGUUAGAUCGGGAAACUGCCACGAAGAUCAAGUUUGUCUUUUUUUUUCUCACAGAUUUAUGAUGCAGGAGAAGUUUUCGGAAUCCUGCAGUUCCAGGAAGACGAAGAUGAAGGUGAAGAGGAGGAGAAGAAGAAGAAGGGAAAUCCUGGAGCAGAGAUCCGCUGUAAGGUGGUCGUAACUCGGGAGAGUGGGCUGCAGAUGUCCGAGCCGACCAGGUGAGGGCGCCACAGAGCCACAAAACAACCCUGACACUAAGUAAAGAAACAGGAAACAGUUUUAGUCUGAUAUUCAGAAACAUAGUUUAAAAUAAAAACUGAGAAAUGAUUAAUUAUAAGAAAUGUGGUUUAAAAAAUAAUGUUUGUUUUUAUUGUAAAAACUUUAAAUCGAUCGAACCGGAGUGUCUGUGCUGCCUGCAGUGUUUACCUGGUGGAUCACGCAUGGACGUACCGUGUCGAUGGCGCCCGUAAGCAGCUGGAGGAGAUCCCCGGCCUGCUGUCCAGGAUGGCUUCACUCAUGGGGGUGGAUUUCCACGGGGAAGCCCCAGACCCGGACACGGUGGAGCUGGUGAUGGAGCGCAUGUGGAAGUACAACCAGACUUAUCACAUCUCCCAAGGAGUAAAUUUUCUUUUUGACCUCCUUAUUUUCUCUCCUCUGUCUGAAAUCUCCUGAUAGAUGACCUUAGAUUAUUCUAGAUCAACAUAAACACGUGACCUCCUGUGGUUUCCUGUUCAUUACUGACAGGAUAAAAGCUCCUAAAACACUAAAAGAUAAUUUGGCUCCAACAUCUUCAAAACCACCCGGAGGUUAAAUGUAUGAACUGGAUCAGCUGACUUUCACAUGAUGAAAUGGGUUUUAUGGAGAUUGACUUUUGUUAUAAAAUCCAUAAACGCGGACUCUCAGGGCAGCUUUGAUGACUUCUUGUUCAAGAACAAACUGAGUGUUUGAGAUCGGUCUAAAAACCUUUACCAAGGCGGAUUUAAAGCCCUUUUCCACAAACAUUAUCUCUGUUGGCUGCAUCUGUGAAUGUCACAAUGCAAAUUUGUCACUCCAGCUUUUCCUGAAUUUUUCCCCAAAUUCCCGUCAUAAAAUUUCUAAAAGUCAGGACGAGAACCCGACAGGUUCAACAGCAGAUAUCAAAAUGAAAACAGCAGAUGUGAAAAUCUAAGCUGGUGUUAUUCUAAAAGCUUCUACUGACAUGCAAAAGAAAAACAAACAUAUAUGACAGGAAGAGAGACGCUGAGGAUUUGUUCUCAUGAUGAAAAUAUUGAACUUAAGUCAACCCGGACAGAACCAAGAGUCUCAUACGGUGAAUUUACAGGGAAUCAUGUUUUAUAAAGAGCUUUUGGUCUCCUGCAUGUUUUUAAUCUUUUCUUUAAUUCAGUCUGCAGAGCAGAAGGUCCCGGUGUGGUACAUCAUGGACGAGUUUGGCUCUCAGGUGCAGCACUCGGACCGACCCACCUGUAGUCUCGCUCCCUUCUUCUACAUUCAGGGUCAGGUGGCUUAUUCGGUGUUGUGGCCUCUCCAGGACCUGCAGGAUGGAGGUGAGCGCAGACACACACACACAGAGCUGUAGAUGAUAGAGUGAUCCAUCAAACAAUAUUUAUUGAUUCGGCCCACAGAACAAACGCACAGAGGAACUGACCCUCGUACAAAAGUGUAAAACAGUGAAGAACAGAGUCACGCUGAUAAAUUUACAGUUUCAAGAGUUUCUGGACAAAUUUAAAGAUCGAACAUUAUCGAACAAUAACGAACUUCGUCUCUGUGAGGAAAGUCUGACGUCUGAGCUUGUGACACGACUAAUCCUCCAAAAUAUGCCAGCCAAUGAUCAGUUUAUCAGUUUAUCAGUUUAUCAUGUUAUCAGUUUAUCAGUUUAUCAGUUUAUCAUGUUAUCAGUUUAUCAGUUUAUCAGUUUAUCAUUUUAUCAGUUUAUCAUUUUAUCAGUUUAUCAUGUUAUCAGUUUAUCAGUUUAUCAUGUUAUCAGUUUAUCAGUUUAUCAGUUUAUCAUAUUAUCAGUUUAUCAGUUUAUCAUGUUAUCAGUUUAUCAGUUUAUCAGUUUAUCAUAUUAUCAGUUUAUCAGUUUAUCAGUUUAUCACUUUAUCAGUUUAUCAUGUUAUCAGUUUAUCAUAUUAUCAGUUUAUCAGUUUAUCAUUUUAUCAGUUUAUCAGUUUAUCAGUUUAUCAGUUUAUCAUGUUAUCAGUUUAUCAUAUUAUCAGUUUAUCAGUUUAUCAUUUUAUCAGUUUAUCAGUUUAUCACUUUAUCAGUUUAUCAUGUUAUCAGUUUAUCAUGUUAUCAGUUUAUCAUGUUAUCAGUUUAUCAGUUUAUCAUGUUAUCAGUUUAUCAUGUUAUCAGUUUAUCAGUUUAUCAGUUUAUCAGUUUAUCAUGUUUCUACAUCUUUACCUGUUUGUUGUCACAGACGAGGUGACCCGGGAUUAUGCGCACGGAGAGACGAACCUCCUUGUGAGGCAAUGCCGUCUGUUACCGUGGAAACCUGCUGAUCUGGACGAGGUCAGCAGUGCUACGACCGAGCCACCAGACUGUUACUAUGAGGUUAGGACUGAUGAUAAGAGACACAGAAGAAGUAAUUUCCACCGAUCAGAGAACUCGAGAUGUGAGGUUUCAGAUUCGCUCCUGGAUGAAGGUUUGAGGUCAGAUUUUUUCUGUGUCUGCAGAACAUUUUACAGAACAACAAGGAGAAACUUCCAGAAGAAAUCCAACCCUGCAGCAUACCUGAAGGUAAAAUCCUCAGGUGAGUGUCUGACACCAGAGCCCAGGACAUUAAAAUAAAACUUCAUUUAACCCGAUAAAACCCACUGAGAUCAAGAUCUCUGGAACAAGCUGACCUGGUCAGGAGGUCAGCGGCAAAAAAAAACCAACGACAACAUCGAGAAGAUCCACAGACGUCUUUUAAACUCGUCUUCUCUGAUCUUCAUCACCAUUUUCCAAAGAUGGUCAACAGACAAAAACUUUUAUCGUUGGUUAAAGAAUUACUGUACAUAAAUAAACGAUGAGGAAGCCUCUUCUGGACAAACUGAUCAAUCUUGUUGUCUGUUUUUUUUUUUUCCUCUAACAGAGUUUACUCUGAAAUGUCUCAGGUCACAAACAACCUGACUCAUCCUCGCUUUCAGCUGACUGAGGAAGAGGAGGAGGCCGAUAUCAUCUGGAGCUACAAACACAUCAAAGAUUUCAGGUCAGGAACUUUUCAACCACAAAAAACAGAUUUUUAUGUCCGACCAAAAAGACGUUUUUAAAUGUCACUUUACUGCUUUAUGUUAAGUUUAAAAAAAAAAAACAAAGUUAAACAAAAACGAAGUUUAAAAAAAAAAACAAAGUUAAAAAAAAAAAAAGUUUAAAAAAAAACAAAGUUUAAAAAAAAAAAGUUUAAAAAAAAAAUAGUUUUUUUUAAAGGAAACAAGGUUUUUAAAGGAGACAAAGGUUUGUCCCUUUUACCUUGGAGGAAACAAGGUCACGUCUGAGUCGACUGCGUUCUAGUCUCGAUGUAAGUGUACUCGUACACACUUGUUAUCGCUGCAGCCGCUCUCUGUUGUGUCUGGUCUGUCCUCAAUGUGGAGAUGCAGAAGGAGGCUUCGUGACACUGACUUGCUUGUAUAAGAGGAGUUUAUUGUAAAGACAACACCAGAGUUUGUGACCCUGUUAUAUACGGUUAGGGAUGAAGGUCCUCCUACAUCCAUUCUUCAUCUCUAAUUUUCGUCAAUGUCUGGAUUUUAGUAACCCAAUAUUGUGACCUGUGACCUGCGAAUAUGCCGUGUCCAGGAUAUCCUGUCCCCGGAACCAUUAAGGAGAAAAAGGAUUAACACAAUCCCAUAAUAUUCCACAAUUGGUCGCCUCCGACUAUCCUUGAAAAAUUACCUCAAAGCAAUGCAUGUUGGUGUAGAACUCCAGAUACCACACUCUCUCUCUGUCUCUCUCUCUCUCUUUCUCUCUCUCUCUCUCUCUCUCUCUCCCUCUCUCUCUCUCUCUGUCGUACAUAAACAGGAUCACACGGACAAAGUCUCUUUUCUUGUCUCACAGUCCAGCGGAGGGAGUGUGAGCAGAGAACUCUCGGCUUUCUCACGGUGAUAUCUCCAAGGACAUAAAUCAACAAACUGACCAGUUGUGUCCAACGACGGAGAAGAGGGUGGGGGGGCAGGAAGAGAGUUAGAAAAACAACGACUUCAUGACUGCGUCCCACUCAAGUUUCAAAGUUUGUUUUAGAGGAGAUCCUAAAAGUCCAACAGCUCGGCUCAGUGUGAUUUUCCAGGUUAUUCAGAAAACGUUGUCAAGAGGAGAAACGGCGAUGAAGUAAUCUGACACCUCUGCAGUAACGGGCCUGAAGUCUGGGAUCCACACCAGGGUCUCAUCAUCAACCCUGUGUCUGAAUAUUCCAGCGCCGAGUCUGGAACUGAUCGACCUGGACGUGUUCUUAGGACCGAACUCUGAGCACGCGUACACACAAACCCUAGUGGUCGAACAGUGAAACUACAACUAGAACCAUUAAAGGAGUCACAGCGUUCAGCGAUCUCAGACUUCACAUGUUCUCUGUUCACUCUGUACAAAAUUUAACUGAUCAGUUAUUGAUCAGAGUGACAACCUCAGAAGAAGUCUGUCAAGUACAAACACAAGUCUCCUGGUUUAUUUUGUUCUGUCGGAGGACUUGGAGAAGCGUCUGCUCCUCCUCCUCCUCCUCCUCCUCCUCCUCCUCCUGCUCCUCCUCCUCCUCCUCCUCAGGGAGCGCGGCGUUUCCAAAGAGCGCUCUGAUCAGUUCAGUGAGAACACAGAGUGGAUUCUCAGCAGGAACCGUUUCCCCAAAAACAUCUGAACAGAUUUAUGAUCCGUGAUUUACAGCCGUGUCGGAGCGAGAGACAAAACGCUCCAACGCCAUCAUCGCCGUGACCAUCCAGCUCCUGUCCACGCUAACCCGACAUUUCAGCCUGAGGUCGGAGACAAAGACGACAUUUCACAGACAACGCUAACAGAAACAUGUCGGCAGAGUUGAUCAAUAAUUUCUCUGACCUCGACUUUCAUCCAGUUCUCAAACACACGUCAGCAACACGCCGAAAUAAAACCAGGAUUUCACGCCAUCGCCGGAUUCCCGAACAUGAUAAGAGCCGUAGAUUUGACCACAUCGUCAUAAAAGAACCUUCACACGAUCAAUUCAGUUUAAUCAACAGGAAAGGAUUUCAAUCAAUCAAUGAUCAAUAAUCUGAGACGAUCAUAUGUAUCUGUUAAACAUUGUUGGAGGAACACUGUGAGUGUGCACCUCCACGUGUGCACGUUUGAUAAAUGAGGCCCAAUGACCUUUGACCCUCCAGUUUCCCGGCCAAUGAGAAACCUCUCAUUUUCUUACAGGAAGCUGAGCGAAGAGCGCCCCCAUGUGAUGCUGAACCAGUUUCCCUGUGAGAGUAUCGUCACCGUGAAGGACUGCCUGUCCGCCGUGGCCCGAAGACUGAGAGGAGGCCCGUCACCUGAUUGGCUCCCUGUGACCUUUAACCUGCAGACGGAGCUGCCGCAGUUCAUCAGACACUAUCAGCUCAGACAGGAGAGGUGAGAGAGCGACCGACGUUUGGAGAGAAAAAAACACGUUUAACGAGUUCAACUUUAUUUAAAAACAGCAGCUUUCAUUAAAAUCUCCGUUCUUUAAAAACUGAAGAAGAAGAAAAAUUAUAAUAAAGAUGAAAAUAAAUAAAUAAAUAAAUAAAUAAAUAAAAAAAUAAAAAAAUAAAUAAAUAAAGAUGAAACUCUGAAUCUUUCGCUCUGAUCGACUCGGUUUCAGUCGAGAGGACAACCACUGGAUCUGUAAACCCUGGAACUUAGCGCGAGGACUCGACACACACAUCACCGACAACCUGGACUACAUCAUCCGACAACGAGAGAGCACGCCCAAGGUACACACACACACACACACACACAGAGACACACACACACACAGAGACACACACAGAGACACAGAGACACACUCACACACACUCACACACACACUCACACACACACACACACACACACACACACACACUCACACACACUCACACACACACACACACUCACACACACGCACACACACACACACACACACACAGACACACACACACACACAGAGACACACACACACACUCACACACACUCACACACACACACACACACACACACACACACUCACACACUGACAUACAGACUCAUGUUUUUGUUUUUUUGUUUGAAUUUUUCCUUUUCAGUCUUUUUCUGUUUCUACAGACGGAUGAGAAACAAACAUUUAGAACAAACAGAAUAAAAACAAAAUAAAAACAAAGGAGUGAAAAACUGUAGACGAGUUUCAGCAGCAGCAUUGCAUUGUGGGAAAGUCUGAAUCCAGGUAUUAGACCAGUUCAAAUGUUCAGAGGUUAGACCGAUUCAUGUUGUUGACGAUUUAACGUGACGGACGCAGAGAAUCGAGGCUCAGGAGACAAAACCUGGUCUGAAGAGGAUCCUCUGAAAAACCGAGUCCUGAGAGGAGCCCCCCAAGACCCUGACCAAAGUCCCACAGGGGCCCCCCAAACCCUGACCAAAGUCCCACAGGGGCCCCAAACCCUGACCUAAGUCCUCACAGGGGCCCCAAACCCUGACCUAAGUCCUCACAGGGGCCCCCAAUCCAUUACCAAAGUCCCACAGGGGCCCCAAACCCUGACCUAAGUCCUCACAGGGGCCCCCAAUCCAUUACCAAAGUCCCACAGGGGCCCCAAACCCUGACCAAAGUCCCACAGGGGCCCCAAACCCUGACCAAAGUCCCACAGGGGCCCCCAGACCCUCUUUUAUGAGUCUUUCUGCAGCCCGUCUUAAUCAGGAUUGUCUCCGUUGUCUUGGAGACGAUGUGACGUGAAGACUCCUGGUUUUACUUUCGCUGAUCUUGUAAAUUUCGCUGUUUUAUUUGAACUUUCGUUAAUUUUUCGUCACUUUUGAAGUUUCUUCAGUUCGUAAUUCAAGAGAAAAAGCGUUUCGGCCUUUUCAGCGACAAACGAAGUUUUAAACAGAGUCUGCUGUUUUAUUUUGAGUUUUUAACUCUUUCAGCUUUAACCAAUCACAUGCAGCCUCUCCUCCGCCAAGGUUGAUUCUGAUUGGUCCGUGGUGUUUCAUCUCGGGUGGAUGUCUGAUGUCUUGUGUGUUUCAGGUGGUGUGUAAGUACAUCGAAGACCCCGUGUUGUUUCACAGAGACGAGGUGGGGAUGGUGAAGUUUGACGUUCGCUACAUGCUGAUGUUGCGCUCGGUGAAACCUCUGAGACUCUUCGCCUACAACGUCUUUUGGCUUCGCUUUGCUAACAGGUGCAACACUCUUUCAUAACGACCUGAAGAUACAAUCAUCGACCGACAACAGAGUGUGAGGCGUUCAGGUGCGAGGAGGAAACUCAGCUGACGGGAGUUUAGAGACGCCGACAGCUCCACAUUUAGACACAAAACAGGAGCGACCGGCGCUGAGAUCUGAAACUCUGGGAGUGUUUGAACUUUAAUGUGGACGGAUGGACAGAUGGACAGAUGGACAGAUGGAUAGAUAGAUAGAUAGAUAGAUAGAUAGAUAGAUAGAUAGAUAAACUUUUCACUUUACUGUCGUUGAUGUUUUUUUUACUGGACUCAUAGAUGAGGCAGAAAACUGGAGAAAUGAAAUCUUGGACGCUGUGAUUUAAAAGAAGCAGCGACUGUGAAAUCUUCAGAAAAUGGAGGUUUAAUUUCCGUCUGAGCAGAGAAGAGAGUUUUCAGGGAAACAGCGUCUAAACUUUAAUGUUGUUGGUUUUUAGGGCGUCUCUGUCAAACCCACAACCUCGACAUUUCUCUCUGUUUUUAUCUUUUCUGCCGUUUACAGCGUCUCUCUCUGUUUUUAUUUGGUUUUAGAGUUUCUUUGGUUUGUUCGUUUCCAUUUCUUUGUUGAUGAUUUUUUAAGAGAUCCCUGAAGUCUCUGAAGUCACCUUGUCUCUGAAGUCUCUGAAGUCACCUUGUCGGGGUCAUUGUGAGGUUUCUUCUCUUUGUCACAUUGUUGUCUGUGGAUUUAUCACACGCCACUCUUCAGGGUCUGUUUUUUCCCUCGACCACCGUCUGAAAAACCUCUCUCCUUUUGCGAAGCCUCUGCCGACGGCGGCUUCCUUUUUUUUAAAACACCUGGAGUCGAAUUUCCUGUUUGAGGUUCGAGAGCAUUUUUACGCUUCAGUCAGAAACUGAAGAAGCUCUUCACACGUCUGCCAACACUUCCUGAAACCUCUCCGGUUUCUUCAUGUGACACGAGAAUCAACUCACCUCAAAAUCUGCUGAUUUCUCUGUUUUUUCUUUUUCUUCUUCACAAACUUUCACUCCAGUCCAAAAGUGUCGGAUAUUUCAGAGAGUUUCUGAGAAUCAACAACGUGUGAGGAUUGAAACGUGCGUGUUUAAACGUGCGUGUUUAAACGUGCGUGUUUAAACGUGCGUGUUUAAACGUGCGUGUUUAAACGUGCGUGUUUAAACGUGCGUGUUUAAACGUGCGUGUUUAAACGUGCGUGUUUGGACGUGCGUGUUUAAACGUGCGUGUUUUAACGUGCGUGUUUGGACGUGCGUGUUUAAACGUGCGUGUUUUAACGUGCGUGUUUAAACGUGCGUGUUUUAACGUGCGUGUUUUGACGUGCGUGUUUGGACGUGCGUGUUUUGACGUGCGUGUUUAAACGUGCGUGUUUUAACGUGCGUGUUUAAACGUGCGUGUUUAAACGUGCGUGUUUAAACGUGCGUGUUUUAACGUGCGUGUUUAAACGUGCGUGUUUAAACGUGCGUGUUUUAACGUGCGUGUUUAAACGUGCGUGUUUGGACGUGCGUGUUUAAACGUGCGUGUUUGGACGUGCGUGUUUAAACGUGCGUGUUUAAACGUGCGUGUUUAAACGUGCGUGUUUGGACGUGCGUGUUUAAACGUGCGUGUUUAAACGUGCGUGUUUGGACGUGCGUGUUUAAACGUGCGUGUUUGGACGUGCGUGUUUAAACGUGCGUGUUUAAACGUGCGUGUUUAAACGUGCGUGUUUAAACGUGCGUGUUUGGACGUGCGUGUUUAAACGUGCGUGUUUAAACGUGCGUGUUUAAACGUGCGUGUUUUAACGUGCGUGUUAGGUCAUGUGUGUUUGGACGUGCGUGUUUAAACGUGCGUGUUUUAACGUGCGUGUUUAAACGUGCGUGUUUAAACGUGCGUGUUUAGAUGUGCGUGUUUGGACGUGCGUGUUUAAACGUGCGUGUUUAAACGUGCGUGUUUAAACGUGCGUGUUUAAACGUGCGUGUUUCAACGUGCGUGUUAGGUCAUGUGUGUUUGGACGUGCGUGUUUAAACGUGCAUGUUUAAACGUGCGUGUUUUAACGUGCGUGUUAGGUCAUGUGUGUUUGGACGUGCGUGUUUUAACGUGCGUGUUUAAACGUGCGUGUUUGGACGUGCGUGUUUAAACGUGCGUGUUUUAACGUGCGUGUUUAAACGUGCGUGUCUAAACGUGCGUGUUUAAACGUGCGUGUUUUAACGUGCGUGUUUAAACGUGCGUGUUUAAACGUGCGUGUUUAAACGUGCGUGUUUUAACGUGCGUGUUUUAACGUGCGUGUUAGGUCAUGUGUGUUUGGACGUGCGUGUUUAAACGUGCGUGUUUUAACGUGCGUGUUUAAACGUGCGUGUUUUAACGUGCGUGUUUAAACGUGCGUGUUUGGACGUGCGUGUUUAAACGUGCGUGUUUUAACGUGCGUGUUUUAACGUGCGUGUUAGGUCAUGUGUGUUUGGACGUGCGUGUUUAAACGUGCGUGUUUAAACGUGCGUGUUUAAACGUGCGUGUUUUAACGUGCGUGUUAGGUCAUGUGUGUUUGGACGUGCAUGUUUAAACGUGCGUGUUUAAAGGUGCGUGUUUAAACGUGCGUGUUUUAACGUGCGUGUUUAAACGUGCGUGUUUGGACGUGCGUGUUUUAACGUGCGUGUCUAAACGUGCAUGUUUAAACGUGCGUGUUUAAAGGUGCGUGUUUAAACGUGCGUGUUUUAACGUGCGUGUUAGGUCAUGUGUGUUUGGACGUGCGUGUUUUAACGUGCAUGCUUUAACGUGCGUGUUUAAACGUGCGUGUUUUAACGUGCGUGUUUGGACGUGCGUGUUUUAACGUGCGUGUUUUAACGUGCGUGUUUAAACGUGCGUGUUUAAACGUGCGUGUUUUAACGUGCGUGUUUUGACGUGCGUGUUUAAACGUGUGUGUUUGGACGUGCGUGUUUUAACGUGCGUGUUUAAACGUGCGUGUUAGGUCAUGUGUGUUUAAACGUGCGUGUUUUAACGUGCGUGUUUUAACGUGCGUGUUAGGUCAUGUGUGUUUGGACGUGCGUGGCGAGGUCUUGGUGGAGAUGUCCGGCCUCAGUCGUCCCUCAGGAGGACUCGGUUCAGUUUUUGAUAUUUUCAGACUUCUGAGUCUCUUGGAUUCAGCGCUCAGACAAAAACGACCUUUUGUUCCCGUUGUCCACAGAGUUUCAGUGACUGAUAUGAAAGUUUGAUCGAGGUCGUCUGAGGGAUAAUGUGUGUUUGUUUUAUCUCCAUCAUAUGAUGUGAAAACAGCGAAGUAAAGCGUUUGAGAAAAGUCGCUGUUUCCCACUGUGAGAUUUUAAAAGAAUGAAACUGAAGAUUCAGGAGAAAGAGGUUCUGGUCCCGGAUCGAUAAUAAGUUCAUGACGUUUCCUGAGACAUUAUUUAAAGAGACCUGAUAUCAUGAAUAUGAUGAACUCUUUAUUUUUAAUGCUGUCAUCCAGAGUCUCUUAUAUGACGGCAGGUACCUCAGGAAAUGUCGUAAACUUGUUUCAGACCCACGACCCUCUUUUCAUGAGCUGAACAGUUUUAAUGUCUGACUGCGGUAAACGGAGACUUUGUCAGAUUGACAGUUUUAUGAUGAUCCUGCUCUCAGUGCAGACCGACUCUGUCCUCGUCAGGAUCUCACUGAUUCUCUGUUUGAUAACGAGUUUAUUUCUGAAAACACACAGGAGUAAAAAAAAACUGUUUUUGAGCUUGUCCUUGAACGCAGCGUAGUAUCUUCUUCAUUCAUUAAUAAUAAUAAUAAUAAUUAAUAAUAAUAAUUAAUUAAUUCAGAGAGAUGGUUUCCUCUAAUCUGGACUUUGGUCUCUCCUCUUCCAGACCGUUCUCCUUGGACCGUUUUGAUGAUUAUCAAAAACAUUUCACCGUCAUGAACUACGCUGAAGACGUGCAGCUGAAACAGGUGUGUUUGUUCAACUCACUCAACUCGUGUGUGUGUGUGUGUGAGAUUGUGUGUGUGUGUGUGUGUAGGACUCAAGAUUUUGUGUAUUUCUGGUUUUGGUUGAUAUUUAAUCCGAUUCUUGUCGGCUGAAGGAGAGUCAGGAGUGUUUGAAGAAAGUUUGGUGUUCAGGAGUAAAUCUGAGUGUUUGACGGUUCUUCUCGUUGUCAUUGUUUUUGUUGUUGUUGUUGUUGUUGUUGUUGUUUUUGUUGUUGUUGUUGUUGUCAUUGUUGUUGUUGUUGUUGUCAUUGUUGUUGUCAUUGUUGUUGUCGGUGUUGUUUUUGUUGUUGUUGUUGUUGUUUUUGUUGUUGUUGUUGUUGUCAUUGUUGUUGUUGUUGUUGUCAUUGUUGUUGUCAUUGUUGUCGUUGUUGUUGUUGUUGUUGUCAUUGUUGUUGUUGUUGUUGUUGUUGUUGUUGUUGUCAUUGUCAUUAUUGUUGUUGUCAUUGUUGUUGUUCUUGUUGUUCUUGUUGUUGUCAUUGUUGUUCCUGUCGUCGUUGUUUUCAUGUUUUUUCUGAAGGUUCACUACGACGAGUUCAUCCCCAUGUUCGAGGAGCAGUACCCGCUGUUUCCCUGGAAGGAGGUGGAGGUAAAAUUUUAACCCUUAGAGAAAAUUUCACAUAUUUUAGGUCGUUGUCAGUAAAGGUGAAUCCGUGUUAAAUGUUGAGCAGCAGACUCACAGUUCCUGGCACCGCCCCCUUCCCCUCCUCCCUGAG